AUUUUCAGCCUAAAACCAUAGACUAAUUAAUAAAAAAAGAUAAAGACUAAAGAGUUUUAUUUAAAAUUUUAUGUAUACGCGUUUUUAAAGUGCGUGUGUAUAGAAUCGUCUUUGAAUUCGUAAUUCGACUUUUUACGAUUUGAGUGUAGAUACUCGUAAAAUAAAUUAUUUGAUCUAUUAUUUAGUUAGCGACGAGGCAGUGAAUUAACUAAUAUUUAUUUCUUUCAAGCUGCAUUUCUUUGAAAUGAAAAACUUGGAUGAUCUUCAAAUAUUUAUAAAACGUUAUUUGUACUUGUUUCAAGCAGAAGAGGGUUCUGGUGCUCUUUUGCUACUGUAUGCAGCUAUACUUUCAAGAGGAUGUGAAAACAUCAAGAAAGACUUAGACGGCAAGCUCACACACCUUGUCUCGUCUCAUGUGGAAGGCUCUUUAAACGUCGUUACGUUGCUACUAACGGGUCGGGCUACGCCGUAUCUACAUAAUGGAGUUUUGUAUGUUGGAGACGAAGACCAUUAUGCAAUGCCACAAUUUGGGAUACUAUCGCGCAGUCCAGUAGGUUUACUGGUCUGGUACGGUGGUGAAGAGAAUGGGAAGCAUAAUUUGAAUAAACAGUAUCCUGGGUCGAGAUUGAAGACGCCUGCUUUACCAAUUUGGGUGACAAGUUGUUCUGGACAUUAUGGCGUACUUUUCAACACCAAUAGAGAACUUUUAAGAAAUUAUCAUGCUGAAAGGAGAUUUGAUAUCCAGUAUUACACUUGUGGCGGUUGCAACGUCGUCCUUAACGUAGACACACGAGCACACGAUGAAGCCGGUUCCAUGAGGAAUGAUGAUAUCAGUGCUACUCCACUUGAGAAGCUCAUUCAUACUAAGUGAGAAUGGCAGCUUCAACACCUAGUCAGGACAAACAAACUUUGUU